AUGUCGCAGGACGCUCCGAUCGCUGUACAGGACGCCAUUGCGUGGCUCGAGCAACAGCGCCUGACACAGGAACGCAAUCCUUAUGACAUUGUGCGUUUCGGGGAAUGGCUGCUCGAACACAACUACCUUUCCAAACUAGGCUCAGAUGUGUGGGCGUUCCUUGAACAGCUGGGCAUGGCUGCUGCCGAGCUUGGAAACCAAGACCUUGCUGAGUUGUGCCUCUCUCGUCUCCAAUCGCGCUUCAUGGAUUCAACCCGUGUUGCGCUUCUUAAGGGCGUCAUUGAGGAAUCACACGGCCGCCUAGAUGAAGCACAGAGCUUGUAUGAGAAACUUUUGGAAAAAGAGCCAUCAAAUCUGCUCGUAAACAAGCGUCGCCUCGCCUGCAUAAAAACGAAGCCUGAGGGUGUGACUCGUGCGACUGAGGGCCUUGCCGAGCUCGUCGAUAUCUAUCCAACGGAUCACGAGUGUUGGCUUGAGCUUGCCUCUUUGUAUCUGAGCCAGAAUAAGUACUCUCAGGCAGCUUAUGCUCUGGAGGAACUUGUCCUGCUUGCACCUCAUAAUGUCUUUUAUAUCCUCAAGUAUGCUGAAACUCUUUACACGACGGGAGAUAUUGCCAAAGCCUACAAAAUGUUUCUGCGCAUCCUAGAGCUAGGCGACGGCAACCUCGCACCAUCGAGCGAGCGAACGGUCGAUCGUGUGCAAGGUCCAUGGGUGCGCGCACUUUGGGGUCUGAAGAUGUGCACCGCCAAACUGCUUGGUAACAAGGCACUGAGUCUGUCGCAAGAGGGUGACAUAAAGGCCGAGCAUUUGGAAGCUGUGGAUGCUCUCGCUACGAAGCUACUCUUGGAUUCCGUAUAUGCCCCUAAUGCUACGUUUGCUACACCACAAAGCAGCCGCUCCGCAGCCAGGACAGUACUAACACCCUCAUCUUCGUCAUAG